UCUGCUUCGACUUUGGCCCUUCAGGAGGCACAGCGUUUGGCUUGAACUGUUGAGCCUGAAUGUUCAGCGACUUCUGCCUCGGCUUCUCGAUUUAAAUGUGUUUGGUACAGCUCAUUGGAGAAGGGCGAGCGUGUGUUUGUUGUGCUCACGCGCAAAUUGGAUCAGCACGUAAUUAACCAAUGCGGUCUGUAGGGAUGAACAACAAAUGGAUUUAACCUUGUGUGGUGUCAUCCAUGUAUCGUGCGAGAGAUUUCACGUACUUACUGAAGUCGAGGAGACGCCUUGUUUGCUCUUCAUUGGUCACCUGAUCAGCCUGAAUAGAACAUGGUGGCAUUGGUUUCUUGAAAGGCAGAGAAGAUACAGGAAUUGGAUGGCACGAGAUGAUAUCGAUGGCGAUGACGGCGUUCGCAAAUGAUGAGCGGUCAUUUACGCUAGGAUGUACGGCGAUGGAGGAGAUGAUCAGCCCAUGAAUUCGGCGAACGGCCUGGGUACCAGCUUGUACUAUAACUGGAGUUGGAUGUGGCUCGACUCGAACUUGCUUUUAAGAAUGCGUUGGUUAAGAAGACACAUUUGUGACCACUAAGAUGGUUGAUUAGGUGGUAAGCUAGUAUCUUGAUAAGGUUGUAGUGACAGACUCGCCAACUUCGGACCUUUGGAUAGAAUCGACCCCCUUGUUAUUUCUUUUUUUAUUUUCUCUGUAACAAUUUUCUCGCCCACAAAUCUUUGAAAAAUAUGAAUAAAAAAAUUGUGGAUGUACGGGUGAGGUCCGUGUGAGGCUUCGCACCGGAAACAAACCCCACCGCCUUGGCGCGCAACUGCCAAAACCGAACUCCUUCAACCGUUUUAAGCAAGGCGAGUCAGCGGCAGGCGAGAAACAACUGAGAAGUGACUUCAAAACUCCCUCCUUUUCUCCAAAACCGAACUCUCCGAUCUUCAUCUUCUUCCUCCUCUCUCUCCAUCCUUGACGACCCACAGAGCUUUUAGCUUCUUCGAUCACGAGCGACUUAUCUUGUCGUUCACCGGGUUGGUUGUGUGUGCAUUUGAAGGUCCUGAUCGCUCGAAAGAUUGCUGGAAUUUCCAAGAAACGAACAAAGAACGACGCUCCUGCUCGGUAUUGGCUCGAGAGGACUUGAUUUCCGGAAGGAAUGGCGAUGCGCCACCUGAUUACGUUUCUCGUCUCGGCUGUGUUUUCGGCGUCGCUGGAUUUGCAGGCUUUUGCAUUCACAGAUCCUCUUGAUGCUACGACGCUUCAUGGGCUAUAUGCAGCCUUGAACUACCCUGCACAGCUGAGGGGCUGGAGAUCGGAUGGUGGGGAUCCAUGUGAGGAAUCAUGGAUGGGAGUGGCAUGCUCCGGGUCGUCUGUGAUUUACCUUAAACUUGAUGGACUAAACCUGAGCAGUUCUCUGGGAGACCAGCUUCAUAAUUUCCACAAUUUGAAGCAAUUGGAUAUGAGCUCCAACAACAUUCAGGGUGAUAUUCCCUAUGGUUUACCUCCUAACGUUACUCAUCUCAACUUAGCAUGCAACAAGUUGACCCAGAGCAUUCCACAUUCAUUACCUUCCUUAAAAAACCUACGGCACCUGAAUCUGAGCCACAAUUUGUUAUCUGGACCUAUUGGCAAUGUUUUCACUGGACUGCUGAAUCUAAAAGAAAUGGAUCUCUCAGACAAUAACUUCACUGGGGAUCUGCCUAGUUCGUUCCAGUCUCUGUCAAAUCUUACUGGACUGUUCCUGCGGAAUAACAGAUUUACUGGAGCAGUGAUCUUACUGGCUAACCUUCCUCUAAUCAACCUGGAUAUAAAAGACAAUCACUUCAGUGGUGUCAUUCCUAAGAGUUUCCAGAACAUACCAAAUCUAUGGAUUGGCGGAAAUAACUUCCACAGAGCUGAAUCUCCACCAUGGAACUUUCCUUUUCAAAAUAUGUCUCUCCAAAGUAACAUCAGUAGUCCUCCAACAACACAGUCAAGUGCUGUUGAGAACCAUCCCUCUCUUUACGCACGUUUGCACAAGAGGGGAAAAUUGGGCCCUGGUGGAAUUGCAUGCAUGGUUGGUGGAGGCACUCUAGUAGUAAGCUGUGCAGCUCUUAUAAUUGCAAUCCAUAUCCAUCGGGCUCGUGCUCAGAAAGAUAAACUCCUACACAGAUCCAAUAGCUCGUUUCAUUCUAUGUCCGUCAGAACUGUCAGAGAAGAGCUCCCACCAAACUUGCCUCGUAUCCCACCAUCAACUGUUAGUGCAAGGCCUGUACCUCUUGCUCUCCUUGCGGGUCGAGGAAAUAGAAAAAGCUUUUCCAGGAAAUGUGAAGCCCUUGAAUGUGUGAAGAUUUACAAUGCUGCAGAACUUCAAUUCGCCACAAAAGGCUUCAGCGAAGAGAACAUUAUCUGCAAAGGAUCCCUUGGCCCUGUUUAUGAGGCUAAGCUACCUGAUGGCCAGAUAUUGGCUGUGGAGAAUGUCAACAUGGCAUCACUGUCUCUCCUUGAAGAAGAACAAUUCCUGGAUGUGAUCUGCUCUGUCUGUAGAUUGAGGCACCCAAACGUCAUUCCGCUUCUAGGUUAUUGCACAGGACUUGGACUGCAUUUGCUGGUCUAUGAGUACAUGAGAUAUGUGACCCUUGACGAUGCUCUGCAUAGCGGAAAGUACAAGCCUCUAUCAUGGAGUUCACGUGUUCGGAUUGCCCUUGGAGUCGCUCAGGCAUUAGACUACAUGCACUCCACAUUUGCACCUCCUGUUUGUCAUGGCAAUCUAAAGGCUCGCAAUAUUUUGCUUGACGAGGAACUCAAGCCACGUAUAUGUGAUUGCGGAAUUUCUGUUCUGAGGCCACUUACAUGCAGUUCAGUCAAGCUUAAGGCUUCUGAAAUUGCUAUUGGAGACACUGGUUAUAUUGCACCUGAACACGGUCAACCAGGCAUUGAUAACACUAAGUGUGACAUCUAUGCUUUUGGGGUGCUGCUUCUGGAGCUGUUAACUGGGAGGAGGCCUUUCGACAGUUCAAGACCAAGGGAAGAAAAAUAUCUGGUGAAAUGGGCUUCAUCCCAGCUUCAUGACCGUGAUUGCUUGGAGCAGAUGGUUGAUAAAAGAGUUGAAGGAACACUCAGCUUUCGGGCUCUAUCCCGAUUGGCUGAUAUAAUAUCUGUCUGCACCCGGCAUGAGAAGGAAUUCCGGCCAGCAAUGCACGAAGUAGUGGAAUCUCUGUUGUAUAUGCUGGAAAGGUUCAACAUCACAGAAGGCAAUGCCACAUACAGCAGUGACCUUGAACCUUAUGAAAGAUCCUUCCGCUCAACCCGCACGCGCUUCUUGGCCUCACCUACAACAAGUAGCUGGUCAUCUGAUCGUGCUUCUCAAUGAGCUGACAAAAACCGUUCUUUUGUUCUCAUUUUGGUCCAUCAUGUGUCAAGACCACUUGGAAUGAAUUUCCCCUGGCGAAACAAAAAAAAGAAAAGAAAGGAAGACUGGGCGAGCUCUGCAUAGGUUUUCACAGUUAAUAUUUCUCGUACAGAAUCGCACGAUGGAUAAUGGGAUUGCUUCCCCAAGAUUGUAUUGGCACACCAGUGUCAUCAUCGAUAGGAUCAAGAUUCAUUUGGACUGUUGAUAACUGCUAAUGACCAAAGAACAGCCUAGAGAUGUACCUCUCGACAUUUCUUGAAUAUGGAAUGGACCUCCCUUUCAUCUUCUUCUCUUCAUGUAAGACUUCCCCGAAGUGGUUUAUCAAGAUACUAAGUGAGAGCAGGAUCAUCAUCA